AUGAUACGUUCAAGUCUUCUGCUUCUUGCGGCACGUGGGCACGUACAACGCGUGCUCCGGCGCCAGCGAGCUCCCUUUCAUCAGCGCUACGAUCGACUGCUGGGAGACCAGCGUGAGCGUGUGGCAUCGGCAUUACGUAACGUGCGUUACGAAAAGUGUGCAGUCGCCAAGGAGCUCAGCGAGGCUCACCGCGAGCUUGCCUCGCUGUGCAACCCUGAAAGGGCGCCAAGAAGUUCAGAGGAGGAAGCAUCGCUUAACCGAGAGAGCACUAAUUCUCCAUCUGAUUCGCGCACCGAUGUUAAUGAGGGAUACCGGCUUUACCGGCUUCUGCGCCCAGAGGCGCCUAAUUUUUUUGAGGAGCAGUCUUUCAUCAGCCUCAAGCAGCGCAUGGACACUGCGAUAAAGGAACAUCAGACGGAGAAUUUCAAGGAGUUGGUACCGCUCAAUAUAUCUCUGGAUGGGUUGUCAGACGGGGAAGCUGCGUUCUCCGAUGAGACCUAUGCGUCGGCGAUGUAUGCCCUAAUGGAUUCAAUCACCGCCGAUAUCGCACUUUUUUGCGAGAGUGUUGGUGUUGAUCGAGAGCCAGAGGAUCAUACUGACCCUUUCGACCGCCUGGGACGCUUUUUGGCUCUUAAACGCGACGGCAGCAAUGUUGGCCAUUGGGCGGACUGCGUCUGGCCUAGGGUGAAGCCAUUCCUUGCCCCGGAAUUCGGAUGUAUAGAUUCUAAGGACGUUGCGCGUUGGUUGGCAGGUCACCUUGAGCGAGUACAGCACAACCGAGCGGUAACGGGUCGCCCGGAGAGUUCCGAAUGGUACGAUAUCAAGCGCGAUUUGGCAUAUGACGGCAUGCCAUACCCCGAGGGCCUGUUAGACGAGCGGCGUGUGGGAUACCCACUUGACCGAGCGGGUGAAUACCUGUACAUGAUGCUGCAGCUUUUCAACCCUUCAUUGGUUGAUGGCGUGUCUAAAGCCAGCCUUGACAAGCUUAUUGAGGCCCUGCGCAGGAUUGGCCUUAAGGAUUGGUUUGGUUUGCGUGGUAGAGAUAUUACCGCCACGUUCUUUGGUGCCACAUCCUCAGGGGAGUCUGGUCGUGCCAUUAAUGUGUCAGAGGCGGAAAGUCAUCCCGACAUUAGUUUCACCAAGUCUGCUUCUAGUGCUUGCGUAAGCCUGCUUAGCCUAUUUGCAAGCGGUAAUGAUCACGUGUUGGAAGAAGAGUAUUGGUCACCGUCAUCUGCGUUUUUUCGUGGUGGUAUUCCAGGACCUCCUGGCGUUUCCGCUGUUGACUCACCAGUGCUCAUCUUGGCAUCUGAAUCGCCGUUAUCACGAUGCGAUCUGGAGUCGAUUGUGAAUACGUACGCCUCUCGAUUGAGCACUGUAAGUGGCGAGCAGGCGGUACGGGAUUGCAACCGUGUGUUCGACCGUAUGAUAAAGGAGGAGCUAGAGUUCCAUGCUAGUGUGGGUGCCGGUACUGUGGGUGACGACGGCAUCAACUACAAGGUCCCCGCUGGUGCUCAAUUUGAUGCUAAGCGAAACUAUUAUGUGCGGACGCGAGAGGGAGUUGACCCUACUCUUAAGCUGGAGAACCUCAGGUCUUGUGUUUUGGAGCGCCGCCGUAUGCGUACGAUGACUAAAGAGGGCCGCGUAUACUUUUUACGUGUGGUAGUAGCUGUGGGUGAUGGUCGUGGUUAUUUCGGCAUAGGUGUUGGCUUCGGCAACGACGUGGGCACAGCACGGGCGAGCGCUGUGCAGCAGGCACUGCGCAAUAUGUAUUUCAUUGACUUUGACCCCAAGGAGCCCCUCACAACUCCAGUAUUGGGACAGGAAUACGGUUGCCGUGUUUACAUAACUCCUCGUAAGAUGGGUUCUGGCAUUAAGACAAAUCGCAAGUAUCUGCCUCUGGUGUAUCUAAUCGGUCUUGACAACUGCAAGGUGACGUUCCACGGUCGUAAAUCGUGGAUAACUCGUGCGAAGGCGUUGCGCAAAGCACUGGAACAGAUAUAUUCUCGACGGACAAUGUGUAAUGCCACGGGCAUGCGCUACGUGUAUGUUGGCAGCCCUGGCGAUCACACUGUUCACUGGCCUGACAAUUGGUUCAUUCCGAUAGCAAAGGAGUACAAGUCUAAGCUUCAGCAGCUCAAGAACCUGAAGCGCAUCCACUUCCGCCGUCAUACCCGCCGGGUGGUGUUGCCCGAGGAGGUGUCACCGGAGGUUCCCAGUUAUGCGUCUCACAAGUUCCGGUCACCACUGGAAGUAUUGGAGCAGGAGCGCAAGCGGACCCAAUGGAUAUCGACGACUGUUCCCAAGGUUUCACCACCUCCUACUACGGAGUCUCUCUCGCAGCAUGUGGAGUAG